AUGGCAGCCAUCAAGGAAGCUCCUCGUGUAGCUGAACGAACGAAUGAACUGGGAAUUCAAAUGCUGUCAUCGACAUUACAUCGUCAAGUAUUUCCAAACGCAGAUCCAUCACGAAAGCCAACGUCAGAUCAAGUCAAGCUAUCUAAAAAAGUGCUUCAAAAAGCAAACUUGCUGGACAAAAUACAGACUCCGCUUGGCGAGAUUGAUCUCGACAUGCCGAAACUGGCUGGUCGAGAUAUCCAGCAACACUUUGUAGUACUAGGUCUGGAGCAAUCGCGUCCGUAUCUAGAAUAUGCAGAACGAUUUGCUGCUGAAUCGCUACCACCUAUGCCGAAACGGUGGUCGCAGAAGCCUGGAUGGACUCGAUAUGGCAACGACACAUACGAGGAAGGUGUUGCUGUGGCAUAUCCGUAUGGAGAUGCGAUGGUGUUUGAUGUAGAAGUCAUGUGGAAGAUAUCGAAAUAUCCUGUAAUCGCUGUAGCUGCUACAUCUACUGAUUGGUUUUCGUGGACUUCGCCUGAUUUAUUGAAGAAACACAGUAAUAAUGACAGUAGUGAUGAUGAACGCGGGCCAUUCAAGACACUGAUUCCCAUGGGUGGACAUAGUACAGAUCGAGUCAUAAUAGGUCAUAAUGUAUCCUAUGACCGGUCUAGAAUAAAGGAAGAAUACGCUAUAGAACCAACCCGAUUCGCAUUUUUGGAUACCAUGAGCCUGCAUUGUGCUAUCGGUGGCUUGUCAUCUCAGCAACGGCCAGCCUGGAAUAAGUUUAAGAGAUAUCGUGAAACGGGUAUUAAGAAGGCUAGAUCCAUGUUUGAGCAGAAUGGUGAGGGCAUGGAUGUAAACUUUAUGUCUGAGCAGUGGCUAGACGUUGGCGCCAUGAAUAGUUUGAAAGAGCUGUUAGAAUACUAUACAGGUGACAUAUUAGACAAAUCGGCCCGUGAUACGUUUGGUAGUGAGAAUCCUCAAGAAGUGUUGGACGAUUUUGACAAUCUCAUGACGUAUUGUGCCAAGGACGUUCAUGCCACCCAUCUAGUAUUCAGCAAAGUAUUUGGCCGAUUCUUGAAAAAGUGUCCCCAUCCUGUAUCGUUUGCUGGAAUGCUACAUAUGGGUAAAGGGUACUUGACUGUCUCUGAAGACUGGAAAAAGUAUAUUGCCAAAUCAGAGGCCAAAUCCGACGAGUACCAGCAGACUAUAGAAAACACAUUGUUGGCUCUUGCCGAAGAGGCCUUGAAAAAGGUCGAUGAUCCAACCCGUGAUGACGAUCUUUGGUUGCGAAAUCUAGAUUGGACUGUCGCACCUAUAAAGAUGAGCAAGCCCAGAAUCAACAAGAAGGGUGUCGUACUAGUAGAAUCCAGACCGAUAAUCCGUCAACGUAUCUUACCUGGCAAACCGGCUUGGUAUAGAGAAUUGUGGGAAGGUGACGAAGAACGGAUUAAACUCACAUUGACCAAACGCGUAACUCCAUAUCUACUGAAGCUUCAAUGGAAGGGCUUCCCUUUAUAUCACUGUGCGGCUUACGGAUGGACGUUUGUAGUACCUAUAGAACAAGCCGAUAGUAUGGCUAAACUCAAACCUCUGGAGUUUUCAGCCAAUCCCGAUGACGAGACUUAUGAUGCUCGAGCAUCAGUUGAUACAGGACAUUUAUAUUAUAGAAUCCCUCAUAAAGACGGUGAUGAUUUAAACGUUGGCAGCCCGCUGGGUAAGCCCUUCAUUCCGUAUAUGGAGGCUGGGACUCUAUCAUCAUAUAUAACUACUGCUAAAGCAUUACUCAACAUGAAUGCAUCAUGCUCGUAUUGGCUGGGCUCUCGAGAUAGAAUCAGCAGCCAAUUCGUAGUGUGGAAAAAUGAUACAGUUGGGAUGGGUAUAGCUGACGGUGUCAAUGACAAGGCUUCAGGAGUGAUUCUACCGUUGUCUGUAGUUAUGGGCACUGUUACUAGACGAGCAGUUGAACGAACAUGGAUGACAGCUAGUAACGCAAAGAAGAAUCGCGUCGGAUCUGAACUCAAGAUGCAAAUACAGUCGCCCGAUGGAUACAAGAUUGUAGGUGCUGAUGUGGACUCUCAAGAGUUAUGGAUUUCAUCGCUGCUAGGUGAUAGACAAUUCCAGAUGCACGGCGCAACACCAUUAGGAUUCAUGACAUUGCAAGGGCUGAAAAGUCUAGGCUCUGAUCUGCACUCCUUGACGGGCCGUAUAUUAGGCAUAUCACGAGAUAAUGCCAAAGUAUUUAACUAUUCCCGUAUAUAUGGUGCUGGAUUGCAUCAUGCUACUCAGCUCUUGAUGCAGUAUAAUCCAGAUAUGACUAAAGAGCAGGCUAGAGCACGAGCGCAGAAUCUGUAUCGAGCAACCAAAGGAACCCAAUAUUCGUUUAAAGGGCCACCCUAUUAUCGUGAUUUUUGGUUUGGAGGGACAGAGUCGUUUAUGUUUAAUGAAUUGGAGCGGAUUGCUAAAUCAGAGUUUCCGCUGACUCCUGUUUUGGGGUGUGAGAUUCCUGACGCUUUGAGGCCUGAAACUGUUAGGAACGAUUUCAUGCCUAGCAGGAUCAACUGGGCCGUCCAAUCAUCAGGAGUUGACUAUCUCCACUUGCUCCUUGUGUCUAUGGACUAUCUGAUGCGACGAAUGGAUAUAAGCGGACGCUUCAUGAUUAGUAUCCAUGAUGAAGUCCGAUUCUUAGUUUUAGAGGAACAUCAGUAUUUGGCUGCCUAUGCUUUGCAAGUUGCUAAUAUGUGGACGAGAGCUAUAUUCUCUAGUCGUGUUGGGAUUGAUGAUUUACCUCUGAACGUAGCAUUCUUUUCAGCCAUCGAUAUAGACCACUGCAUGCGCAAAGAAGUUGAUAUGGACGGUAUAACACCAUCUAACGAUACCCCAAUACCGAAAGGUGAAUCCGUCACCAUCUACCAACUGGUGGAUAAACUAGCCAUGACGAAUCUCCCAGAUGUUCUUGGAGAUGAGUUGGAAUCUGUAGCCCUGAUACGGGAUCAGAUAGUAAAAGAAACGACAUCGCCCUUUUAUAAGCCGGUUGUCAAGAGCUCUCCUUCAUGGUGGCUAGAGUCUCAGAUGGCUGCUAGUAUAAAGGAUGUUGGCGAGAUGAAAAAGGAGCUGAUACGGAUGCAUAAGAGUGGGAUUGAAUGUCGUGUUGGGAUGGUUACUACUGCAUAA